GAGCGCGAGCGCGGCUGUAGCCGGCGGCAUGGCGAGCACGGCCUCGGAGAUCAUCGCCUUCAUGGUUUCCAUCUCCGGCUGGGUGCUGGUGUCCUCCACGCUGCCCACCGACUACUGGAAGGUGUCCACCAUCGACGGCACGGUCAUCACCACCGCCACCUAUUGGGCCAACCUGUGGAAGACGUGCGUUACCGACUCCACGGGAGUCUCCAACUGCAAGGACUUCCCCUCCAUGCUGGCGCUGGACGGUUAUAUCCAGGCAUGUAGAGGACUUAUGAUUGCUGCUGUCAGUCUGGGCUUUUUUGGUUCCAUAUUUGCCCUGUUUGGAAUGAAGUGUACCAAAGUCGGAGGCUCAGAUAAAGCCAAAGCUAAAAUUGCUUGUUUGGCUGGGAUUGUAUUCAUACUGUCAGGGUUGUGCUCAAUGACCGGUUGUUCCCUGUAUGCAAACAAAAUCACAACGGAAUUCUUUGAUCCUCUCUAUGUUGAGCAGAAGUACGAAUUAGGAGCUGCUCUGUUUAUUGGAUGGGCAGGAGCCUCACUCUGCAUAAUUGGUGGUGUCAUAUUUUGCUUUUCAAUAUCUGACAACAACAAACCUCCCAGAAUGGGAUACGCAUACAAUGGGGCCACGUCUGUCCUGUCUUCUCGGACAAAGUAUCAUGGCGCAGAAGGAGAUUUUAAAACCACAAACCCUUCAAAACAGUUUGAUAAAAAUGCUUACGUCUGAAAAGAGCACUGCUACGAGCUGUCUUGAGUCAUUAUAAAAGUGAACUGUUCACAAAAUGAUCCCCCCUCAAGGCCUUCCUCUAAUUCACACUCAAAACUAUUUUUAAAACAUGAAUUUGGAGAAUUUGCUGAUCGUAUGGAUGUAAAUGUUCUAAUCAUUUUCUGUUGUGGCUUUCUAUAAAAAAAAUAAACAGGUUAUUUACAGGA